AUGGCAAGUCGGCAGGGACGCGCGGAGCACGCGGCCUUCUUGGCGCUCGCCACGGCCGGCGCCAGCACCAGGAAGACCAGUCGAGGAGGCGCGCGCAGCGCGUCCGGCACGCCCACGCGCAAGGCCGCGAUCCCCGCCGCGCAUGAGGUCAAGGAGCUGCGCGUGGAGGCGCAGAAGCUCGACGAGCAGUUCACCGCUCUCUGUGCCAAGUGGCGAGCGGCGCUGCCCGAGCACAACGUGCUGCUCGCGGCCUGCACGGCGGCCAAGCAGAAGACAGUCACGAGUCACGUGGAGCAGCUCAAUCUGCGUCUAAAGGACGAGCUGCUGCAGCAACAGCUCUACUUCUCGGCGCUGCAGCAGAAGCUCACGGAGGCGCCGCUGUGGUCCCGCUCGGCAGUGUGCCAAGAGCUCUUCGACCGCAUGCACGGCUACCUGCACCUCGUGGGCUCCGACCCUGCGAGUCGUAGGGAGCAGCUGCAAGCGCGCUUCGAGUUGGGCGUGCGUCUGGCGCCGGAGAUCGUCGAGAACUUCACGCGCGAGUUCGUGCCGCUCACGUCGCCCGUGCUCCCGUUCUCGCGGACUAGUACGGCCGCUACUACGAUAUCCCCGCCAUUGAACUCUCGAGUGGAGAACGACAGGAACAAAGCGGGCAGCGUCUGCGGCACGCUCGUGUCCAACGUCUUCGUCUGCAAAGUGCCGGCCAGCGCCUCGAUACCGCGUAUCUACCAGACCAUCGUGGACAACCUCAAGAAUACCUCGAUCGAGCUGGAACGCCGUCUUGGCGUGCUGCUCGAAGUCAAGGUACCGACGGUACUGUUGUGUCCAAACAUGCCCCCUCACGAGGUUGAGAUGGGGCCGUCGACAUAUUACGCGCGCGUGGAGCGGCAGGAUGGAGAGAUGCGGGGCGCCCACACGAACCGCGCGUGGAGUGGGAGACUCGUGAGCGAUGACUUGGCUGUGCUCGUGACGGACUUCGUGGACGAGGACGACGAUGAAGGCUCGGAUCGGAAAGAGACGCAAGAGGUGCAAGUGGGCAGCGAUGGUGUGCCGUUGGUGCCUCCGACGCCAAAGUCGGGGCUCCGCAUCGACAUCUGCAUGAUCCUGACCAUCGCGCGCGUGAAGGACCCGGAGACGCAGGAGCCGAUCGUGCUGAUGCGCCGACUGCGCGUGCAUCGGUACAACCUGCCGCCCAACUCGCCGGUGAUCCACCCGGAGGACAAGAAAGUGGUAGACGAUGAAGACACGGAGGAGGACGAGGAUCGAAGCAUCAAGAAGCAGAAGACCAGUCCAGUGAAACAAGAGUCGGCUGAGGUCGAACCAGCUUCAAGCACUCCCCCCAUUGCGCCAAGUGCAUAG